AUGGCUCUUGAAACAAUGCAUAAAGACUCCUGUAUGUGUUCAAAAUCUGAACUCGAUUUAUUUUCUAUUCCACCGACUCAAGUGGUAAUGGAAAAGGGAUUUUGGGAAGCUGUUGAUCCUAUUACGAGCAUAUCUUCUUCAGAUACGAUAGAAUUUUUAUGUGCUGCAAAUUCUGGUGUUUAUACCGACUUAGCAAGCAGUUACCUAUACGUUAAAGCAAAGAUCACUACUGCGGCCGGAGGGAAAUGUGGAUGCUGACAUUCAAGUUGGACCUUCAAACCUUUGGAUGCAUGCAUUAUUCUCACAAGUUGAGGUAUUUCUGAACAACAAACUGGUCACCCCAUCAAGCACAGCAUACCCUUACCGAGCGUAUAUCGAAACGAUCCUGAACUUUAGUAAAGACGCCAAAGAUUCACAUUUGACCUCAGCACUGUUCUAUAAAGAUAAAGCUGGAAAGAUGGAUGCAGUAAACCCUCUCACACAAGACGCCAACGUCAACACGGCAUUAAAACAACGCCAUGCAUAUACACGUGAAAGUAAAUCUGUCGCCAUGGAAGGAAGACUUCAUUCUGAUCUAUUCACGCAAGACCGUUAUAUUCUUGGUGCUGUUCCAAUCAAGAUCAAGCUGGUGAGAUCUAGAGAUCCGUUUUGUUUGGUAUCAUCCGCAGAAGAUCCCAAUUUCAAAGUGGUCAUCGAGGAAUGUUUGUUUUGUGUACGCCGAGUUAACGUAGCCCCUAGUAUUAUACUGGCUCAUUCCCAGUCCCUUCAACAAAUCACUGCCAAAUACCUAAUAUAUUUCAAGGUGGUUUACCAAAUCGUAUCGUGAUUGGAAUGGUCGACGCGGAUGCCUUUAACGGUAUAUAUACGAAGAACCCGUUCAAUUUUAAAAAUUACGAUAUCACAACCAUGGGUCUCACUGUCAACGGAGAGAACUUACCUGGAAAACCACUACAGUUGAAAUUUGGAGCAGACAGUAAUUACAUUUCUGCUUUUCAAACCCUGUACGCCGGCGCACACAAGAUUUUUGAUAAUCAGGGUAAUGGUAUAACGCGUGAAGAAUAUGCAAACGGUUAUACACUGUUUGUGUUUGAUCUCACUCCUGACUUAUGCCUUGGUGAUCAUGUACAACCGAUUAAGAAGGGAAAUGUGUCAAUUGAAUGUCGAUUUGGAACACCAUUGGAGACAGCUAUAAAUAUCGUGGUACUUGGUGAAUUUCAAAGUCUUAUCGAAAUUGAUGCGAACCAGAACGUGCUGUGUGAUUUCAACAACUGA